AUGAAGCUCCUUCUGUUGCUUACCAGCUUUCUCCACGGGCUUCAUGCUGCCUCAUUGAAGCCCAACAAGACACCGCCGUGCUCAGAGACUGGCCUUGUCACAACGCAAGAUGGCGUUUAUCUGAACUACACGCAGAGCGGACCGCUUACCGGCCAGAAGAUCCUCUUCAUUCCUGGCUGGCGACAAACCGCAGCAGAAUGGAAAAAGCAAGUUGCAUACUUUUCAUCGACUGGAUACCGCGUCACUGCCUACGACAUGCGCGGACACGGCGAGUCUGAGAAGCCGGAUUUCGGGUACCGCAUUAGUCGUUUCGCAGCCGACUUGAACGACUUGUUGAACCAGCUCGAUCUCACAGAGGUCAGCAUCGUUGCUCACUCGAUGGGCUCUUCCAUUUUAUGGGCGUGGUGGGACCAGUACCCCGACGCUCGCGACCGCAUCAGCCACUUUGUUUUUGUCGAUCAAUCCUCCAUCCUGACUGCUGAUCCUCACUGGACUGAAGAGCAAGCGAAGCAAGUAUCAGCUCUCUUUGACCCGAUCGGCGUGUAUGAUCUUGCCAACGACAUGACCGCCCAGACACCACCCUUCGUCAGGAGCAUGUUUACCGAUUCUAUCUCCGAGGCCGACUUCGAGUGGGUUCUCUCUGAGAACAAGAAGAUCAGCGACAAGAACGCGGCUACUCUUGUCAUUGACCACGCCUUCAGAGAUUGGCGCGACGUCCUCCCCUUGAUAUAUGUCCCCUCACUGGUCAUUGCGGGAGAGGUCAGCGUGAAUGCGGCGCCUGGUAUCGCUUGGGUGGCGACUCAAAUACCCGGUGGGAAGAGCUAUACUUUUACGGCUGAGGAGAAAGGCAGUCACUUUAUGUUCUGGGAGAACCCCGAGAGGUUCAACAGUAUUGUUGAGGAUUUCAUCAUGGCCUGA